AGUAACCACCCCCAGCUAUCAUCCAUGAUAUGAUUUUCCCAAGUCUUCUUGAAGUUUUUUCCCCCCCUCUCCUCCCAUAAUAGUUUAGCAUUCUUCAACUCCUGAUUUCUUGAUCCAAGAACAUUAACCGGGCCACCAUCAUCAUGUUAAAGCUUUCUCCACGAAGAAACCAGAGAAGUAACGGCUUCAAGGUGAAGCACGCCCUCCAGAUAUGCGUCUUCGGGGGCGCUUGUGUUUGGCUGAUGUAUCAAUUCCAGGACAAGAAACUUCCAUUCUCGUACCAUCAUCAAGAAAAAGCCAGCAGCAGCAGUGUCCGCCGGAGCAAGGCCACGCCGGCGGCCGGGAAUCAGAACGGCUUCUCCGCCAUCAAGUUGGGGAGGAAGGAUCUCGAUCCUCUGGGAAUCGAACAAAUGACCGCCGAGGAUCUAAAGAACGGCGGGCAGGAUGCAGAGGAAGACAAGAGCUUUGAUGACGAAACCAAGAUUCUCGAGGAGAUCAAGGUUGACGAUGAGAUCAAUAAUGGGAAUGGAGAUGAAGAGCCUGCGAGAAACCCAGAAAUUCUUGACAAGAAACUGGGUUCGGGUUUGGGUUCGGGUUCAAGACAAGUAGAAAUGAGCCAAGAAAACAAGAAGAAGAUCACAAAAAAAGCAGCAGCUUUGGGAGGAAAGGGUAAUGUUACAGUAGGAGCGGGUAUUGAAUCUAAAGCAGACAAAAAUUCCACACAAAGAGAAAGUGUUGAAUCUAAAGGGGAAAAGAAUUCGACCCAAACAGAAAGUGAUGAGCUGCAGAAACAAGAGCUGGAGAAAACAUCUUCAAAUUCUACAUCUGGUGGGAAAAAUGAAAACCCAGUCAUGAAUGAGCAGAGGUCAGAUAUGGGUGAGAGUUUGAAAGAGGAGAUAUCAUCGUCGGGUGGCGUUGAAUCUGCAGGUUCUGGAGAGAAAAUUAACCCUUCAAACGACAAUGAUGAUACGACUGAUCCCUCAGGGGAAAACAGGGGAGGGGAGAUUUCAACCUCCCAGAAUGAAUCUGGUUCAAUGUCCACUUCAGUUCUUCAAGAAGAGACCGAUGCUCGGACGGAUUUGGAAACCAUGCCACAGACAGAAACCAGUGGCAAUGCUCUCCAAGCUACAGAGUAGCAGCAGCAGAGCAGAUCCACCAUUUCUUAUCUUUCUUUCUUUUUAUCUUCUCUUCUUUGAUAGUGUUACUUGUCAAUUGUCAUUGCUGUUUUUUUUUUCUAGCUAUAACAAAAGGACCUUUGAACAGUCACAUCACGGAUAACACUAUCGUUGUUACACACAAUGACUAUAUGCCCGUGAUUGUAUCAAACAUGAUUUCAUCCCUCGAGUCAUAGUCCGAUAACAAAACAGGUAAUGGAAA